UCUCCUGACGUUCAAGUUCGCAGGGACGUCACGUCCGCACUUGAACUUGCAGCUCAGGGGGGCUUUUGCCAUUUUUUCAUCUCUCUCUCUCUCUCUUUUCAAAAAAGCCAUGACGGCUAUCCCACAAUCCAUCUUCCCAGCGCCAUCUUUCUAUUAUUUCUAAUUUAUUUUGGAUGUCAAAGGCAUUGAUGAAGAUAUUUUCUCUGGAGUCUCCCUUCUAACCCGGCUCUCCCGAUGUGAACCGAGCUGAAAGCCACCACCAACCACCAUGUCUCGCCGCAAGCAAGGCAAACCCCAGCACUUAAGCAAACGGGAUUUCUCGCCCGAGCCGCUGUCGUCUGUGGUCUCAGAGGAGAGGCAGGAACAGCACGGGCUGGUACAGGUCGCUCCGGAAGGGGACCAGGAUCUGCUUACUUGCGGCCAGUGUCAGAUGAACUUCCCUCUGGGGGAUAUCCUGAUUUUUAUUGAGCACAAACGGAAGCAAUGCAAUGGCACCCUGUGCAUGGACAAGGCAGUGGAUAAACCCCCUUCGCCUACACAUGGUGAGCUGAGGAGAGCCUCCAACCCUGUAGAGGUGGGAGUCCAGGUCACACCGGAGGAUGAUGACUGCUUGUCAACAUCUUCUCGAGGAAUCUGUCCUAAACAGGAGAACAUUACAGGUAAAGAUGAGCCCAGCAGCUACACCUGCACGACUUGCAAGCAGCCAUUCAGCAGCGCCUGGUUUCUGCUGCAACACGCCCAGAACACUCACGGCUUCCGCAUCUACCUGGAGAGUGAGCGCGGGAGCCCCCUCACACCUCGGGUGGGCGCCCCAUCGGGGAUGGGUGCCGAACACGCCUCCCAGCCGCCCUUACAUGGCAUCCACCUGCCUGAGGGCAGUCCUUUCAACUUGUUACGGAUACCCAACUCUGCCCGUGAUGGUCCCCCUCUCCGAGAGGGGCGGUUCCCACCGACUCCUCCGCUCUUUAGCCCCCCGCCCCGCCAUCACCUGGACCCACACCGCAUGGAACACUUGAGCCCGGAGGAGUUGGCCCUGGCCACCCACCACCCGAGUGCCUUUGACAGGGUGCUGCGCCUCAACCCCAUGCCCCUGGACCCCCCAGCCAUGGACUUCUCUCGCAGGUUGAGGGAGCUGGCCGGCAACACCUCAGGGUCAACUCCGCCCCUCUCGCCCAACCGACCCAGCCCUAUGCAACGGCUGCUGCAACCAUUCCAAUCAGGAGCCAAGCCGCCCUUUAUCUCCACCCCUCCCCUUCCCUCCAUGCAGUCCCCAUCCGGCUCCCAGUCCACUCCGACUCCACUGCUCCAGCAACCCAGCACCCCUAUGAAGUCCAAGGCCUGCGAGUUCUGUGGUAAGACAUUCAAGUUCCAGAGUAAUCUGAUUGUGCAUCGGCGCAGCCACACAGGCGAGAAACCCUACAAGUGCCACCUGUGUGACCACGCCUGCACCCAGGCCAGCAAGCUGAAGCGCCACAUGAAAACGCACAUGCACAAAUCCUCGCCCAUGACAGUUAAGUCCGACGAUGGUCUGUCCACAGCCAGCUCCCCGGAGCCAGGGACCAGCGAACUGGUGGGCAGUGCCAGCAAUGCCCUUAAGUCUGUAGUGGCCAAGUUCAAAAGUGAGAACGACCGCCUGAUUCCGGAGAAUGGAGAGGAGGAUGAGGAGGAGGAAGAAGAAGAGGAAGAGGAAGAGGAAGAAGAAGAGGAAGAGGAGGAAGGAGAAGAGGAGGAGGAGCUGGAACGGGAGGGCAGUCGCAACAACUUCCACUUUGGCCUGAACCUGGAGGCUGCGCGGCACCAUGAGAACAGCGGGGGGCGGCUGGGUGUGAGCGAGGAUGGCAUCCCACGAUCCCUGCCCGAGGUGAUGCAGGGUAUGGGACUGGCAGCCAGUAUGCAGCACUACAGCGAGGCCUUCCACCAACACAAGCGAGGAGCUCUCAAUUCGGACAGUGACGCACACAGGGACAUAUGUGACAAGGACUCUGUCCUGGAGUCGGACCGUGCACAGGAGGGCUGCGGCUCGGCCAUCAACGGCCGAGGCUCGUCCCCCAGCGAAUCGGCUUCUGUGGGUCUGUCCAAGAAGCUUUUGCUGGGCAGCCCCAGCUCCCUCAGCCCCCUUUCAAAACGCAUCAAGAUGGAGAAAGACUUUGAUCUCCCUACGCCCACCAUCCCCAACACCGAGAAUGUGUACUCCCAGUGGCUGGCCGGCUAUGCUGCCUCUCGCCAGCUCAAAGACCCCUUUCUGAAUUUCGGGGAUUCCAGACAAUCGCCUUUCGCCUCGUCUUCAGAGCACUCCUCAGAGAACGGCAGCCUGCGUUUCUCGACGCCCCCAGGGGAGCUGGACGGUGGCGUCUCCGGCCGUAGCGGGACGGGCAGUGGGGGAAGCACGCCACACCUCGGGGGUCCCGGCCGGCCCAGCUCGAAAGACGGCCGGCGCAGUGACACCUGUGAGUUCUGUGGCAAAGUGUUCAAAAACUGCAGCAACCUGACGGUGCACCGGCGCAGCCACACAGGUGAGCGGCCCUACAAGUGCGAACUCUGCAACUAUGCCUGCGCCCAAAGCAGCAAGCUCACGCGGCACAUGAAAACGCACGGGCAGGUGGGCAAGGACGUUUACAAAUGUGAAAUUUGUCAGAUGCCUUUUAGUGUGUAUAGCACCCUGGAGAAACACAUGAAAAAAUGGCACAGUGAUCGUGCCUUGAACAACGAAAUUAAAACUGAGUAGUGAUGGAGAAUGGAGGCACACCUGCCAGUUAACAGCAACCCUCUCCCUAACCCCAACCUUGUAGAUUUUCCCUGUUUGGCUAGUCCAGUGGAGGCUAAGACAACGUGCUUGGCACCACCAGCACACCCUUCUUCAUUUACCGUUGAAUGCAUGUUCUGUAUCGGGGCAAUACUAUUGCAUUGACGCAAACUUCGAGCCUUUCUCUUGUGCAAUAAUUUACAUGUUGUGUAUUUUUUUUUUCCUUUUUUCUUUCCCUUUUUUGAUAAUUAGACAGCAUGCAUGGUAUGUUUUGGCUAUUUUUAAAAAAAUUGUCCCUGGUUGGUUAGUUGUUGAGUAAAUGUGUUGCUGUUUUCUUGUUCUGUUUUUUAUUCAAAAAAUGAGAAGAGAAAAGAAAAAAAAACAACCAUGCUGCAUACAUUCUGUAAUACAUAUCAUGUACAGUUUUGUGUUGUAACAUGGAGGACAACAGUCUAUUGCUUAAACCCUCUUUGGAGGGGCUGGGAAUCGCACUUAAACUAAUCUUUCAAAAAGAUGUUCUGUCCACAUAGGGUUAAAAGUAUGAAUUGGCCCCUAUUAUGGAAUAUAAAGUAUUGACAGCCUUUGAAUUUCUUAAAAAAACAAAAGUGAUCAAGAUUAGAAUUUGUACUAUCAUUUGGUAAAACAAACAAAAAAGAGUGCCUUGGAUCUUGAAACUGCAUUGGUUAAUCUUCCUAUCUGCUAUAAGCUUGGAAUCUCAGCCAGAUACUGGAAAUGGAUUUAUAUGAUUCACAUAAGGUUCUUGCAUCAAGUACCUGACUUUGCCGGUCUACAAGGAAAUGAGGAUAAUCAAAAAGCUAAAAGCUAAUUUGUAGUUAAUCAUCAUUAGCUACCUUUGACACAUGCAUCCUUCAGUUGUGGUGUUUGUAUUGUACACGGUACAUCCAGUAUUGUGUGGGAUUCAACCAUGUUUACUCUCCAGUUAAGGGUACUAUACUCAGCGGUACAGGUUUUAAUCCGCAGUCAUAAGCUCUUACAUAGUUUGUGAAGAUUCUGUUCUCAGUAGCACAGCAGUUUUUGUUUUUGUUUUGUUUUUUUUAGGUGUGAGUGUGUGUGCGCAUGCGUGUCUAUCAGGUUAUGUGAACGUCCACUGUAUAGGUACUGCAUUUGUGGGCCUAUACAAUGAAGAAAUGUAGUGUUUUUGGACAUUUCUCUUUGAAGAAUGCAUUUGAAUAUGUACACUUCUCAGUGAUGAUUAACUAUGAAUUGCUUACAGGUUUGAAUCAAAAUCCUCAAAAGAAUAUCUCUAUCAAUGACUGCAGUACUUAAUACCUGUGUUCCCUAAAUGGUUCAGUUAUCCUGGGAAAGAGAGGGCAGAGGGAAAGAGGGAAUGAACAGUACAGAUGACUUGUUUGUAAUAUGUGUUUGGGGAGAUUUUUCUUUUCUCUGGUGAGUUUAACAUCCAGCCAUUUUUUGACAACCAUGUUUUCAGUGUUUAGAUAGCACUUGUCACUCGGCCCCUUCAGUCUGUGUCUGACGCUUUGAUUGGUGGGAUAGUGGUUGAGUAUAAAUUAAGACUGCUUGCUUAUACAAAAAAAUGCACUGUUAAAGUUUCCCAGUUUACAGGUAUUCACAUGAGGGAAAACUUCCUAUAAUGCUAAAAAAAAAAUAAUAAUAAUAAAAAAAUACAGUGUCAUUGUUUAACAUAACAAAGCCAACUACUCUUUACCCCCACCCCCUCACCCCCCCUUACAGAAAGCCGUUCUCCAAUGUGAUGUUCAAGCGUCGGGGCAUAGACCUCCAGUCAAACAAUGGACAAUUGAAACUUGCUGCUUUCACUGCAAGAACAUUUUUUUGUACAAAAACGUUUUUAAGUAUGAAUAUAAAACAACAUUUUUUAAAAAAAAAUAGCAAUUCAUUAUCUUAGGGGAAACUGUAUUUAAGUUUGUUGAUGUUUCUCUUUCCUCUUUGUCUUGGUGGUGUUCAAGACUUGAUCACGAUAUAUAUAGAAUGGGAAAAAAAAUCUGUGAUUUUUUUUUUCUUUUGUUUUCUUUUCCUUUCUUUCUUUUUUUUUCCACCGUGGCUCUUCACAGCUCUUCAGGUCAAACGUAACUUGCAUUGGGGAAAGGUUUAAGAUUAUAUAUAAAUAUAUAAUAGAGAACUUAAAUAUAGGAAAAUGCACACUCAUGUUCAAUUCCUAUGCUAAAACACAUUUAUGAUCUACUUUUUUUUCUGUAUUUCUAGAAUGGUAUUUGAAUUAAAUGUUCACCUAGUGUAGGCACUAUAGUAUUUAUAUUGAGGCUUGUAUUUUUAACUGUUGCUUGUUCUCUCGAAAGGUAUUAUUGUACCUUUUUUGGUAGUGGAAAAAAACAACAAGCUGCCACGGUAUAUUUUUUUAAUUUGGCAGGAUAAUAUAGUACGAAUUAUUUGUAUGUUUAAAAAAAAUGAAAUGAAAAAAAAUUCAAUAAAAAAAACUAAAGUAUGUGGCAUUGUACAAAGGAGGCCAUCUAAUGGUUUCCCUGAGGAGUCUUUUGCGAAUGUCCACACUAGCUAAAACAGGUGGUCGUACAUAUCUUUUUUUCUGUUCUUUUUUUAGACUCUCCUCUUCUGCUGCCAUUCUGUAUGCAGUAAUGCAAGCUGAUGUUGGGUUCUUCUGUAAUGUGCUUCUCUGUCUUCUCACCUAUCUCACCUGACUACAUUCCAGCAUCUUAAAGAGAACAAACUUCAUAUGCAGUAAAUACCAGUACAGAAAUGAAAAUCGUACAAAUAAACGAAUUAAAAAUAAUCAAUGUUUUGCAGGUUUUUUUUUUUCAUUGCCAAAUACUAAAUGGUGCUUUAUAUUUAGAUUGGGAUGACUUUCAUAUGCAAAGCAUAUUUAAAAAUGAAAUGGAAAUAAUGGAAAAGCCCGCUUGAGUUCAUACUUUUUUGUAAAUGGCAAUGCGGAAUAUUUUGUUAUCAGCCUUUUCUAUUCCUGUUCUGAAAGCUGUUUGUUGUAACUUGAACUUGAACUUUAUCUUUUACAAUGGGAGUCACUAUUUAUUAUUACUUAAAUGCUCUGUUCAGAACGGAGACAUGGAAUGGAUCUUUUUUGGUUUUCUUUUUGGUUAUUUUUUUAUUUUGUUAUUGUUGUUUUCUUUGAAAAAUGACCAAAGGUCAUUGACAACUUUUGCUUUUUUUGUCGUAUUUGUUUCUGGUCUAUGUUGAGUUUUAUUGGAGAAACCACUGUCUGUGUUUUCUGGCAGUUGUCUGCAUUAUCCUGUUCACACACCCAUUUUGUCCCUUUAUUGAAAACAAUUAAUAAAAAAAAUUAAAGUA